ACGCAAACGCGAUUUACCAUGAGCAGCAGCCAAUGUGAAAGCGGAUCAUCUCACAACACGAGCGGCAGCCCGAGAGAUCAGCACCACAGCGCAAUGAGUCCGGUACACAGCUCCAGUCUGAUGCUCGCACUUCUCUUCAUCUCUUUAAUACCAGUCACCAGUAGUGCUCCAGUACUCUUGAAUCCAUCUUCAAUAGAGGAAGACCAGUUACUUACCCAGAUAACAACCCUCUGCUCAUUCUACCUCUCUGCAGACCCGUCCUUUAGAACAUCUGAUGUCCUGGAGGACCUGUGUUUCCUAAUGCUGGGAUCACUGCAGAAAUCUAAAGAGAUCACAGCUCGAGAGACCAGCAAAAGGUUUUUAUUUCAUUACACUAAACCGAAUGGUGCUGGAUUGUCACAUGGGACGUCCUCUGUGUUGCACCCUCUUCUGGAACUCAUACCCCAGCUUAACAGAAGAAGAAGCAGGAGAAUGAAAUUAAAUGAGGACCUUCAAGAACAAGGGCGGAUCCAGAGCAGAGGGUACUUCCUUUAUCGGCCACGAAAUGGAAGAAGAUCUGCUGAGUAUGUGUAAAACAAUAAAGAAUUCAGUGCCAACAGACCCCGUCCUACAGAUGUGUGAUCCAGAGCAAGAAAACCUGAAACGUCACGUCAUGCACAUUCCUGCGACCUCCUUCUGUUCGAAUCGUGAUGUUGAAUGUACAGACUAAAUCCAAAUAAUGUCUUUUAUUGGUCAAAACGUGCUGUUUGUGUAACCGUGCUGUGUCUUUUGAAUUAAAAGCAUUAUAAAAUGUUACCUCAUUGUGGCAUUGUGAUUUUACUGUAUAUAUUUCGCAUUAUUGAAGUACUACCAAA